AUGGCGACGUUCAGCGACAAGAUUCGUAUCCGCCUCAGGGCGUACGACUAUCGCGUGCUGGACCAGUCGACGACCGAAAUCGUCGAUACCGCCCGGCGCACGGGGGCCCGGCUUGCCGGUCCGAUCCCGCUGCCGACGGACACGAACAAGUGGACGGUGCUGCGGUCGCCGCACGUCGACAAGAAGUCGCGAGAGCAGUUCGAGAUUCGGACGCACAAGCGGCUGAUCGACAUUUUCGAGCCGACGCCGCAGACGGUCGAUGCAUUGAUGAAGCUCGACCUGCCGGCAGGCGUCGACGUCGAGAUCAAGGCGUUCGGAAAGGAACACGGCUAA